AUGCAAAUCUACCACACCCCCACUCCGCCCGACACUACAGCUUACACGCGCAACCCUCAAUCGCAAUUCAUGUGGCUGUGUCACAAAUGGAAGUUCGCCACUCCGAGUUCGGCCUCUCAGCACCUUCGUCAUCCGCGUGACUUCGGCCUUCCCGCGCCUCGGACAUCCUCUCCCUGCUUCGGCACCUGCACUGCUUUCUUCUCUUCCGACUACACACCCACAACCCUCUCGCCCCCGACUCUUACGUGAUCCUCAACCAAGCUCCAUUACGUGAUCCUCGGCCUCAACACUAUUACGUGAUCCUCGUGCCUCGCCUCCUCAAGCUCGCCACCUCGUCCCCGACUCCUCUGGUUUAG